AUGGCGAUGAAGAUCUGGUUUGUUGAAUUGCUGGUGGGUUUGCAAUGGCGACGAAGAUCGGGGUUCGUAAAAGUUACUUAUAACGCCGUAGAAGGGAUAUACGGGGUAGCAGCGACUAUAAAUUUGUGGGAUCCAGUGGUCGAGAGGGGGAUCAGCGGUAGAGAGUAUAGUGCCGCUCUGAUUCGAAUCAAAUCAAGAAUUUAUGACGAUUUUGAUGUCAUUGAAGCUGGAUGGCAUGUCUACCCAUGGUUUCAUAGUGCACGACUGGGUGCUGACGAAGAAGUUUAUAAAACAAGAUUUUUUAUUUCUUGGACCAAUGAUUCGUAUCGAAGGUCAUGCUAUAAUAUGGAUUGUGGUGGGUUUGUGAUAGAAAAUAAUGAUGUAUUGGGAAGUGUACUUGAGCCAAUAUCAUCAUAUAACGGUGAACAAAAAGAUAUCGUUGUUGAAAUAUGGAAGGAUAUCGAGUCAAGACGAUGGCAGUUGAAGUAUAAUGAUAUAAUGGUGGGUUAUUGGCCAGAAGAUUUGUUUACUCACUUGAAAAUAAGAGGCACCGAGGUGGAAUGGGGUGGUGAGGUGUUCAACACCAACCACAACAACAUAUUCACAUCAACAAAAAUGGGUUCUGGCCGCUUUGCAGAAGAGGGAUAUAGAAAAGCAGGUUAUUUCAAAAAACUAAGAGUUAAAACUUUAAGUAGUGGACAUAAUUGGAUUCCACCCCCAACACUUGAACAAAAAGUGAGUGACCCCCGCUACUACACCUUUCAUGAAGAAGCCAACAUUGAUGGCUCUGGCGAUGACGGAUUCUUCUAUGGAGGUCCAGGAAACAACCAUCCUUAG